GGAACUGUAGGAGGGACAAUCGCGAGAGUUUACUGAAUAGAUUCGGUCAAAAUCCAAGUUUCGAUUGGGAAAACAACAACAAACGUGAUCAGUGUCUUUUUAAGAAAUAUAUGAAGCAAUGAGUCAGCCGCCCAGAAACCAGCGUGUGCAGAGAGAGAGAAAUGGAGGAGACUAUAGUGAGAAGAGAGAGAGAGAGCCCCGCAGCCGGCGGGACAAUCCUAGUGAGCGACGAUCGACUAGUGAGAGGUCAUCCGGCCAGCCUCCGUACUACCCGAGAGGUUCUCAGAGAAAUGCAAGGAGUGCUCCUCGAGAGGAACACAGGGAGUCAAAAUGCUCUAACAUCUGUUCAAGGAGAGGUAUUGUGUUGAUAUGCGCUGUCAUGACCAAUGCAUUAGUGCUUAUCUGCGUGGUAGCUGCACACAUGUCUCAGUUGGGCAUGUCUGCGAUGGGCAUGGGUGGAGCCAGCUUUGUUGAUGCCAUCAUCCCCUUCGAGGGGGCGGAACUUCAGCUGGUGCGUGAUCUUGACAUGCAGUAUGGACAAAUGAGAGCACCUGGAGUCUACGGAGGCGUGGCCUUUAGCCUUACUUUUGGUGCACUUUCCCUCGUGUUUGUAGUGUCAAGCAGUAAACCUGCCCACCUGCUGCCAAGGAAACUCUUGAUUGGGCAGUUUGCUUUCCAGGUAAUUGGCGCAGUUGCUUACGUGAUUGCCGUGGGUUUGUACCUGCACUUAGUGAUCUCCGUAAACUCAACAGAUGUGUGCAUUCGUCGCGAGCGACUUUAUGCACGUAAUGGAUUAACCUGGAUGAAUUGCAGUGUAGGUGGCGGGGAUGCAGCUGUCGCACUGUUUGGACUUAUAACCACAAUUUUGUAUGCUGCUGGGGCCUUUCUAACUGGCCAAACACUCCGAGAUGUCAGUAGCUACUUUAAGGAGCGUGACCGCUAUGAAACCGAAAGAAGAGAGCAACCCAGACGUGCUCAUCCGGAUACUUUUGUCUGAGCUUUGCAGUGAAAAUAAAGACUAAUUCAAACCCUCUGGACCGGAUGUACAUAAACUGUUCUUACAUUUUUGUAUUUUGUAUUUUUUUUUUGCACGUUUUUGCAAAAAACAUUUUGACUGUGACAAACUUAAUUUGUUUAUGCAUAUUAUAAUUAAUUAACAUUCCAGAUCCCAUAAUGACAAAGCAAAAAGAUUUCCAGAUUUUUGAUAACUGCAAAUUUAUUAAAAAGAAAAAUCUGAAAUAUUACAUUGACAUAAGUAUUCAGACAUUUAACUCAUUACCUUGUUAAAGCACCUUGAGGAACGGUGUCUCAUUUCGCUGUGUACUAUACUAACUGUAUAUGGUUGAAUGACAAUAAAAAAACACUUGACUUGACCUUUAGCAGUGAUUACAGGCUCAAGUCUUUUUGGGUGUGAUUUGCACACCUGGAUUUUGGGAUUUUCUAACAUUCCUCUCUGCAGAUCCUCUCAAGCUUGGUCAGGUUUGAUGGGGACUGUAUAAGAACAGCCAUUUUCAGGUCUCUCCAUAGAUGUUGGAUUGGGUUCAAGUCAAGACUCUGGCUGGUACACUCAAGGACAUUCACAGAGUUGUCCCUAAGCCACUGUGCUUAGGGUCAUUGUCCUGUUGAAAGGUGAACUUUCUGCCCAGUCUGAGUUCCUGAGUGCUCUAGACCAUGUUUUCCAUUAAGGAUAUCUCUAUAUUUUGCUGCGUUCAGCUUUCCUUCAACCCUGACCAGUCCCUGUCGGUGAAGAACACCCCCACAGCAAGAUGCUGCCACCUCCAUGCUCCAUGCUUCACCGUUGGGAUGGUAUUGUGCAGGUGAUGAGCAAUGCCUGGUUUCCUCCUGACAUGAUGCUUGGAAUUGAGGCCAUGUCAGUGUUGCAGAUAGUUGUGCUGCUGCAAGUUUCUCCCAUCUCCACACCUGAUCUCUGGAGCUCAACCAGAGUGACCAUUGGGUUCAUGGUCACCUUUCUUACCAAGGCCCUUAUCCCCCGAUUGCUCAAUUUGGCUGGCCGGCCAGCUCUAGGAAGUGUCUUGGUUCUUCCAAACUUCCAUUUAAGAUUUAAGGAGGCCACUGUGCUCUUGGGGACCUUCAAUGCAGCCACAUUUUUUUGGAGCCUUCCCCAGAUCUGUGUCUCGACAGGCAGUUCCUAUGACCUCAUGGCUUGGUGUUUUCUCUGAUAUGCAUUUUCAGCUGUGAGACCUUAUAUAGACAGAUGUGUGCCUUUCCAAAUCAUGUCUAAUUAAUUGAAUUUGCCACUGGUGGAGUCAAAUCAAAGUGUAGAAACAUCUGAAAGAUGAUCUAGAGAAAUGGUACGCAGCAGAGCUAAAUUUCAUAUUCAUAUUCAAUUCAAUUGUCAGAGCAAAGGGUCUGAAUACUUAUGUCAAUGUGAUAUUUCAGUUUUUCAUUUUUAAUAAAUUUGCAAAGUAAAAAAAAAAAAACUGGUUUUGCUUUGUCAAUUUGGGUUAUGGAGUGUAGCUCGAUGUGAUUUUUUUUUUUAUAAUUUUGUAAAGCAUUUUAGCAUAAGGCUGCAACAUGAAAAAAAAUGGUGUUGAAUAGUUUCUGAAUACACUGAAUAUAUAUUCAUACAUGUACAGUACACACACAUAUAGAUAAAACCUGUGUGUUGUAAAAUUAAGAUUUGUGAAACAUGAUAAGCUCUAAAAUCUUUAGAAUCUUUAGAAUCGUUAGAAUGAGUGCAAUAUAUAUUGACUUGACUUUUUUUCUGGAACACAAAAUGAAAUGUCAGGCACAUCGUUAUAUUCAGUCACCUUUCACUUUUAUUGUAUUGCAAAAAGAUGCAAUGAAAGUGAUUGGUGACUAAGGGCUAACGUUUAACAUAACAUUAACUUUUGUAUGAGACAUGAUUUUCCACUAGAGGGCAGCAGAUACACAUCUCUGUGACUUCUCAGGACUCUUCAAUAAUGAUCUCACGAUUACUAUGAUGUACAGUAUGACCUUAAAUAGCCUUUACUGCUGUUUAUAUCUUUUUAUGUGCUGAGAAAAAUAUAUCUCUUUCUUGAAGUCAUUAAGAAUAAUUUUGAAUAUAGCAUUCUUUAUGGAUACAGAGUUGUUUGUUAAAUCACAGUUGGAGAUAUACAGUGGGGUCCAGAAGUUUGAGACCACCUUGCAAAUCUGGGAUUUUAAAUCUAAUUUAAACUUGGAGGUAAAAAGGUUUUAUGAUUUUAAAAAAAAUCCUUAAAUAUUAAACAAAAAAAUGUUAUGAGAUAAACUAUAAGAACAAAUAUUUAAAACAUUUUCAGAACAUGCUGGGAUAACAUGGAUCUUCAAGUUUUGUACAAACGUGUGUAGUUCAAGAUCAUUUAAAGUAAUAGACAUUCAAAAUACUAUGACAUUCUGCAAUUAAAUGUAACUUUUCACUCAGCGAUGCUGAUAAUUUGUAUGAAAUUAGUAAAGUGUAAAAUAGAACCAUUGUUCACUGUGGUCAUUUGGACCCCACUAUAUUAAUAUCAACUAGAAGGACCUCACAUUUUUUGGCAACAACAGAAAUUAAAUGUAUUCAUUUUACCACAGUAGACAGAUUUAAGCUUAUGAAACAAAAACAUUUGUUGACACACUAGUCUACAAGUCUUCCAAAACUAUUUGUGAUGACCGGUAUAAUGUUCAUACUGUAUAUACAGAUUGGAUGUAGAAAGAAUGCCACUGCGGUACCGUAAUAUUUAACCAUUAUGACCCAGUUACAGUCUACACUUGGAAAGAACAUACGUUAGCUCACAUUGCUUUGCAAAUUAAUUAGAAUUUACUAAAUUACAAUGACGUGCAUAUUUUAUAAUAAAUUCUAUUUGAUAUCAAUUAGGCCUUUACAACAAGAUAUAAAGUAUUCAGAAUCACCACAUCAUACAUCCAUUGUGUGACUCAAAAGCUUUUCAUUGUAAUAGGGAGAUGAGUUCCCCUGAUAAUGUUUCUUUACUCAUGCUUUCCACGCAAUGAAUGCUGACAACAGUAGAACAUGUGCAGAUACACUGUGACAACCAAAAUACAUGUGAGCUCCAUUGAAGAACAGACAAAGCCUCUUUGAGAAAAUGAGAGAUGAGAAAAUGUUACUAUUAAGUGACAAUUUCAGCUGGCUGUCAAGGUUUAUCUCUCUGAUGCAGGGUAAGUCUUUUUAGCUGUGAUCUAUAUACAAUGAAGUGUGUAUCCCCUACAUGUUCACUUCAAUUGCUGGGUGUAAAUAGGCGGCACUCAGGUGAGCAGAACAUAAAUGGGGUGGUGGUUCUCUCUGAUGGAUAUAAUUGGAGUGUAUAAAUGCAGUAAAUGCUUUAAAGUGAUAGUUAACUCAAAAUUAAAAUUUAAAAAUGUCAAACCUGUUUGACUUCUGUGGAACACAAAAGGAGAUGUUAGGCAGAAUGUUAGCCUCAGUCACCAUUCACUUUUAUUGAAUGGAAAAAUUAUGCAAUGAAAGUUAAUGGUAACUGACACAGUUAACAAUGGUAACUAGUCACAUGACAAGACUAAUGUCAGCUAAGAGACUAGUGGGUUUUGUAUUACAUUUUUGAUGUUCUGUAUGAAGUGUGAUGUAAUGUUGCACACAUGUGUUGUGCUACUGUCAUCAAACAUAACCUGAAAUGCACUAGGAAAAUUGUGUAGGAAAUUUCCUACAUAAUGAUGACUAUAAGACAUUAUAGAUAUUUCAGUUUUAUUUUCUGUUAAUGCCUGAUCUUCUGUAAAGCUACUUUGAAAUGAUGUGUGUUGUGAAAGGCGCUAUACAAAUAAAAAUGACUUGAAUGAAAAGAACAGAAUGAAAAGAAUAGAGGAAGUGCCUUUUGUGUUUGUGUUUGUGUGUGUGUGUGUGUGUGUGAGAGAGAGAGUGAUGUUGAACUCGUGUGUUGUGCUACUGUCAUCAAAUAUAACCUGAAAUGCUCUUGGAAAAUGAGCAAAACCGUUCUUCAUACAGUACAGAGCAAAAAGAGAUAGUGAAUGAGGAAUUGCCAAACCAAAAACAGUAAAGAAUGGAGUGCCACAGGGAUCAGUUUUAGGGCCUCUGCGUUUCUCCUUGUAUAUCCUUCCUCUAGGAGAUAUUAUCAGGAAUUGUGGAAUAAGUUUCCACUGUUAUUUCGAUGAUACCCAACUUUAUAUUUCUUUAAAACCUGUUGAGAUUUCACAAUUUGCCAAAUGAGCAGAGUGUAUCAAUGAAAUAAAAGAGUGGAUGGCCAGAAAUUUCCUUCUACUCAAUUCCAACAAAACAGAGGUACUAAUUAUUGGACCAAAAACCUCUAAAAAUAAGCUGCUAAUAUAUCAUUUGACUCUCGAUGGAUGCACUGUUACAUCAUCUUCAACAGUGAAGAACUUAUGUGUUACAUUUGAUACCAAUCUGUCCUUUGAAAAUCAAAUGACCAAUGUUUGUAGAACAGCAUUAUUCCACCUAAGAAAUAUUGCUAAAUUACAUCACGUUCUCUG